GUGGAUGCAGUUAUCAUGCCACAUACCACUACUGCGUCACUCCUUCAGCACUUCACUCCGUUCAUCUCUCCGCUCAGCAUCCAUCCGCCCGACAGCACUAUGGACAGCACAGUUUCAGGCUACUCUGAGAAGCUGAGAGAGAUGUCGGUGUUGUCUCUCCUCUGCUCCUGUUUGUAUUCCCAGCCUCUUCCCAACACCUUCGGUCAGUUUGAAGAUAUGGAGGUGAAGUCACUGAAUAAGCGAGCUUCUGGUCAGGCGUUUGAGGUCAUCCUGAAGAGUCCAACUGAGCCGUCUCCAGAGAGACCCCAGACUCUGGCACUGCCGCCCCAGAAGAAGGAGCCUUCCCUGGGGGAGCUACAGAGGAGGCUGGAGGCCGCCGAGGAGAGACGGAAGUCUCAGGAGAAGCAGGUGCUGAAGCAGUUGGCGGAGAAACGGGAGCGUGAGAAGGAGGUGCUCAACAAGGCCCAGGAGGUCAACAACAACUACAGCAAGAUGACCGAGGAGAAACUCCACCACAAAAUGGAGCUGAACCAAGAAAAUCGCAUGGCCCGUCUCAGUGCUCUCAAGCAGCGUCUGAGAGAGAAGGAGCUUCACGCUGCAGAAGUCCGGAAGAAUAAGGAACUUCACACUGACCUCUCUGGCUAAGGUCACUCUCGUUGACGCCAGAGCUGUGAGAUGUCCAUUUGGAGAAU